AUGAUCGACCGCCAGCGCGCGGUGUUUACGCAGCACAACAACGUGAUCGGCAACAUAAACGUGAUGUUCGCCAUCAAGGAGCUGGCGCCGGACUGCCACCUGGUGAAGCUGGGCACCAUGGGUGAGUACGGCACCCCCAACAUCGACAUCGAGGAGGGCUUCAUCACCAUCAACCACAACGGCCGCACCGACACGCUGCCCUACCCCAAGCAGGCGCGCGCCUUCUACCACCUGUCCAAGAUCCACGACUCCCACAACAUCCACUUCGCCACCAAGGCCUGGAAGCUGGCAGCCACCGACCUCAACCAGGGCGUGGUGUACGGCGUGCGGACGGAGGAGACUGUGGCCGACCCGCUGCUCAUCAACCGCUACGACUACGACGGCAUCUUCGGCACCGCCCUCAACCGCUUCGUGGUCCAGGCGGCUGUGGGCCACCCGCUGACUGUGUACGGCAAGGGCGGGCAGACGCGCGGCUUCCUUGACAUCCGCGACACCGUGCGCUGCAUUCAGAUCGCCAUCGACAACCCGGCCAACAAGGGCGAGUUCCGCGUGUUCAACCAGUUCACGGAGCAGUUCAGCGUGAACCAGCUGGCGGAGAUCGUCACCAAGGAGAGCAAGAAGCUGGGGCUGGACGUCCAGGUCACCAGCGUGCCCAACCCCAGGGUGGAGGCGGAGGAGCACUACUACAACGCCAAGUGCUCCAAGCUGCAGGACCUCGGCCUGGAGCCCCACCUGCUGCAGGAGUCCAUGAUCGACUCGCUGCUCGAGUUCGUCAUCGAGUACAAGGACAGGGUCAAGUUGGAGCUCAUCAAGCCGGCCGUGGACUGGCGCAAGGCGGGCGUCAAGGUCAACACCAUGGGCGCCGCCGUGGCCUCAAACUGA